GCUGCCGGCGGGGCCGGGGCGGAGCCGGGAGCGCCGAGCCGGGCGGGGCCGCCGCCCCCGCGGCAGGUGCGGGCACAGCAUGGCCCGGGCCGAGCGGCUGCGGAACAAGCUGGUGGAGCGCUGCGAGCGGAUCCAGCUGCAGAGUGCGGCCAUCGCCCGGCACGUGGACGAGGUGCUGCCUGCCAAAGAUCAGGGCGUCCUGAGCGCGGCCAGCGCGGCGCGGGAGCUGGUGGUCCAGAGGCUGCUCCUGGUGGGGAAGGCCUGUGAGAACGAGGAGCAGCGGCUGCUGGAGAGGGUGCACGCCGAGGAGGAGCGGGUGCACCAGAGCAUCCUCACCCAGCAGGUGCACUGGACAGAGGCUCUGCACAAGCUGGGUGCCCUCCGCACCUAUCUGGUGGACAUGAUCACCAACCUGGAUGACCAGGGCCUGCUGCGUGCAGAACAAGAGAUCUUUGAGAGGACGGAGGUGGCGGAAGGAAUCUUGGAGCCACAGGAGUCCCUGAAGUUAAACUUUAAUCAGACCUGUGUUCAGAGUCCACUGCUGCAUCGACUGUGGGCCUGUGCUGUGCUCUGCUGCCUCACAGGCUCACAGGAGAUUCACAUUGAUGAGAAAACCCUGAGCCCCCACCUCAGCCUGUCAGAAGACAAGAGAACCCUGACCUUCAGCCCCAAGAAAGCAAAGGUGGACUCGGGCUGCCCUGAGCGGUUUGACCACUGGCCCAACGCUUUGGCCACUGCACCUUUCCACUCAGGGGUCUGUGCCUGGAAGGUCAGCGUGGAGCAGAGCUGUGCCUACAAGCUGGGGGUUUGCUACAGCUCCGUGCCCAGGAAGGGCUCUGCCAACGAAGGCCGCCUGGGCUUCAACGCUGCCUCCUGGGUGUUCUCACGCUAUGACAAAGAAUUCCGGUUCCUGCACGCGGGGCAGCCCCAGCCCGUGGAGCUGAUCAAGGCCCCAGCAGAGAUCGGGGUCCUGCUGGACUUUGCAGGGGGGGAGCUGCUCUUCUAUGACCCUGACUCCUGUGCCAUCCUCUUCUCGCACCGCCAGGCCUUCCUGGAGCCCGUGUACCCUGUCUUUGCCGUGGCACACCAGAGCAUCUCGCUGGGCCGUGUGUGACUGCCUGUGCUCUGCAGUGCCUGGGGGAAAGGGGCCCGGCAGGGCUGUGGGCUGUGUCCAGGGCCCUUCACACAACAUCUGCCUUCACACUA